AAAUAGUAGUUCUGGAAAUGUGGCUCUUCCAAGAAAAACGACCAAACUCCGAUAAACCAUUAAUCUACACGCUCUCUCUGCAUAGCCAUAGCAACUGCUAUUUCCUUCUCGACAAGUACAAGCUCCUAACUAAAAUUGUAAAUAAAGCAACGAAGCUGAAACCUUUAUUUUUUCUUGUUUCAAUAGGUAAAUUCACACUAGUGAAGAUUCUGAGUUCCAAUCCGCCAUAACAUAAUCAAGACUCUACAAGUACAGACUAUUCUGGAAUCUUACACGAAAUAACAGGGCUAAACAUGGGAGAGGAGGAAAUUGAAGAGGGCGAGAAGCAGAUCGUAACACCAUGGGAAGUUGCAGCUUCUAAGGAAGGCGGUCGAAUCGACUAUGAUAAACUCAUUGUGCAAUUUGGCUGUCAAAAGCUUGAUCAAUCGAUUGUGCAAAGAGUUGAAAAACUGACUGGCAAGCCUGCCCAUGUUUUCCUUCGCCGUGGUGUCUUCUUCGCUCACCGGGAGUUUGAUAAAAUUCUUGAUGCCUUUGAGAAAGGGGAAAAUUUCUACCUUUAUACAGGCAGAGGACCAUCAUCAGAAGCUUUGCAUCUGGGACAUCUAAUUCCAUUUAUGUUUACAAAGUAUUUACAAGAUGCAUUUAAAGUACCGCUUGUGAUACAGCUCACUGAUGAUGAGAAGUGCAUGUGGAAGAAUCUUACAGUUGAGGAAAGCCAAAGGCUUGCGAGGCAAAAUGCCAAAGAUAUAAUUGCUUGUGGUUUUGAUAUAUCUCGAACGUUCAUCUUUUCUGAUUUUGACUAUGUUGGGGGUGCCUUCUACAAGAACAUGGUUAGAAUUGGGAAAUGUGUUACUUUGAAUCAGGUAAGGGCAAUAUUUGGAUUCAAUGGGGAGGAUCACAUUGGAAAAGUCAGUUUCCCUCCCGUACAAGCCGCUCCCUCAUUUCCAUCUUCAUUUCCUCACUUGUUUGGGGACAAAAUUAAUCUUAGGUGUUUGAUUCCAUGUGCAAUUGAUCAGGAUCCUUAUUUUAGAAUGACACGCGAUGUUGCUCCGCGAAUAGGAUGUCAGAAGCCUGCUCUGAUUGAGUCCUUAUUCUUCCCUGCACUUCAGGGUGAGACAGGAAAGAUGUCUGCAAGUGAUUCUACCACAGCAAUCUAUGUUACUGAUUUGCCCAAGGAGAUCAAGAACAAGGUGAACAAAUAUGCCUUUUCAGGAGGUGGAGAUACAAUAGAAAUUCACAGAAAGUAUGGGGCAAAUCUUGAGGUGGAUAUACCUGUGAAGUAUCUCAGCUUUUUCCUUGAGGAUGAUGCUGAAUUGGAGAACAUUAAACAGGAGUAUGGGGCUGGAAGAAUGCUGACUGGGGAGGUUAAGAAAAGGCUUAUUGAAGUUUUGACGGAGAUGGUUGAGCGACAUCGCAAAGCUCGAGCCGCAGUAACAGAUGAGAUGGUGGAUGCAUUUAUGGCUGUAAGGCCUCUCCCAGACAUGUUUGGUUGAAAUUGCUAUCUUCUGAACAUUUUGGUAGAAAAUAUCAUGAUACUUUCAGCAUUUGUCAGAAACUUGAGCAUCUAACACCGGUUUAUAUAGAAUGAAUCUCAAAAGAGAAACUCAGCAUUUCAGUAUUUUUAUCAACAAGGUCGCAUCAAUCAAUUUGUAAUGUGGCGACUAGCAGCAUGCAUUUGUGUGCCUUUAAGUACGUUGAACUGCUGAUAUUUUGAGUCAUUUUUUUGCUGGUAAAAGUUAGUUUAGGUUCUGAGGAAUAUAUUUGAUUAGCAUCGGCUCUGUGUUUGUCAAGAAUCACAUUGUUGAGUCCCAAUUGUAUUGCUUGGAAUGGUUUUUGUUGGACAAUAUACUAGAAUCUAAAUAUAAGACUGUGGUUUGUA